AUGAGGAGAGCUCGAGACGGUUACCAGUAUCAGCCUAUUCCACGGGCUCCAACUGAGAAUGUUUUGGAACAUGAAAAUGAACGAAUGGCUGAAGAGCUCAGUGGAAAAAUCUCAACACUAAAACAUAUGUCAAUAGAAAUCGGAAAUGAAGUACGCUAUCAGGAUAAAAUUCUACGUGGUCUGGAUGACGAUGCUGACAGAAGCUCAGGAUUCCUAGGAAAAACGAUGAGUAGAGUCCUUAAUCUUGGCAAGGGAAAUCACAACUACUACAUUUUUUAUUUGUUCCUAUUUUCGAUUUUUGUUUUCUUUGUACUGUACAUUGUUUUAAAAUUCAGGUGA